AUGAAAACUUUGAUCAUUAUUAUAAGUGUGCUGGCCAUUACUGUGAAGAUUUACGGCCUUAACAUUGAACGUUUACGAAGAUUUUAUGACAGUAUAACAAAAUGCAGUCAAGAAUUGGGCAUACCAUUGACUGAAGGCCAUGCAGACGUCGUUCUGUGCGCAAUAAUAAAGGAUGGCCAGGUUUUUGAUGAGAAUGGCGCGUUCGUAAAGGAGGCAACCUUUAAAGCAUUAGAAGAUGGAAUCUCCGAUACAAACAAACUGGAGCAGGCAAAACAAAUUUUCGAAAAGUGCUACGAUGAUGCAAAUCAAAAAGAUCUUACCAGCGAGGAACGGAAGAAGGAGAUUAAUAGUUGCUCCUACUCAACUGUGUCUUUCUUCGACAAACUAUCUUAA